AGGAGGCCCCCGGAGGGGGCCGCGCGGGGUCCCAGCCCGCCCGCCGCGCCCGCGCUCGCGCUCGCGGAUGGCGGCGCUCACGGAGGGCGGCUCGGAGGAGCAGGGCAGCGAGGCGGCGGAGGGCGCAGAUGUCACCGCUCACCCAGGCGGGGCCGGCGGCGACGCCGGCAGCCGGAAGUACACGAGGAAGAGGUCAUGCUUUUCCAUGGUGAACAUGAUGGAGCCUGUAGAUGAGGAAGAGAAGCCUGCUGAUUUCGGCACUGGCAGCGUCUUCGACGUCAAGGUGAGGUCGGCGGACGAGUUCCACUUCGAAUUGCCCGUGAAAGUGUACCUUGAGGAGACUCUGGUGGGCAUGCAUGGGGCUCCGAAGGAGAAGCACAGCCUCGAGCCGAACGCCGAGGGAAGGCGGUGGUCCCGGAUGAAGAAGCUGUUUUCCAUGCCGGCCACGCACAUGCUGGUGAAGGCCCUGUUCUGGGUCUGCAUCAGUUGCGUAUUCCCCGAGGAGGAUUACGUGUCCGACGAGGAGAAGGAGGCGCUGCUGGAGCUCCGCCGCAGGAUGGCGGAGAGCUGGGUCAGCCUGUCUCAGGGCCGGGGCCCACGGGCACUCGUGCACGCGUCGGACAGCCUCGACGAGGCGCUGACCCUGUUCCCCGUGGCGCUGUCCCAGGUCGUGUUCCGCCUGCUUAUCGACGCCUUCUCGGACGACAGGGACGCCAUGAUGCGCCACGCGAAGAGGUGGUUCGACAAGGUGUCCGACGUCGUUCACAGGGAGUUCUGGGGCUUCCGUGCGAACCGGGCCUCCGGCCACAUACUGCGUUCGAAGCUGUUCAUCAAGGCGGUGGUCGACCACCCGCACGCGAACCAGCUGGAGUCCAUGAAGAGCGAGCUGCGGCUGGAGAAGUACAGCGCCGCGCGGCAGGAGCCGCUGGCCUUUGGCAGCCAGACCGGCGAGCCGUUGGACGACGUGCAGCUGCUGGAGCUGUUCCGGUGGCGGCAGAGCCAGAUGCCCCCCCACGACUCGACGCAUCGGGCAUGGAGCCCCCAGCCGACAUGGACCGCUCCUCGCUCACCGAGUUCCGCCCCGGGCAGCAGCGCACGGGCUCUGAGACCCCCCUGGCGUCGACGGCGGGCGGCAACGGCAGGGCCGUGGUUCCCUUCCUGCCCGUGGGCGCCGAGGAGCUCAACGCCGAUCGCUACGGCCACCUCGACCGGGAGGCCCAGGAGCUGUUCGUGGAGCAGAGCAAGCGCUUGUACCCGGACACGGGGGACGUGAUGCUCCACACAGACGGGAACAGGACGCACGACGGCUUCAUGGCGCGGUCCGACGAGGGCACGGGCAUUCGCCGCAAGCGCAGUUCUCAGCCCCGGCUCACCGACAUGUCGGAGGGGUCGCGGCGAACAGGCCUCACCGACGACGAGUCGCGGUCCGCAGGCCUCCGCAGGCAGCAGCAGCGGCGGUCUGCCGCCGUGCAGCGCCGGCGGCGCGACGAGAGGCUGCAGGAGCUGCUGCAGGAGGACCUCGCGGGCCACAACGAGAUGACCACCGUGCUCGUCUCCCCCCUCAUCCGUGCCUGGCGCCCAGCGGGGGGCACCUGCAGAAGCCCCACGGCGAGACCCUCCACCUGCGGAGACUGCCGCCCAGGGCCGACGGGCCGCUGCACUGGGACACGAUGGACUGGAACAAGCGGCGCGGCCCGAAGAGGAGCCUGGUGCCAGCCCUGAAGAGGGAGAAGGCCACCGACGACGCGCCCGCGUCGAGCCGGGCCCCCGGCGACGAGCCUCGCCGCCCCUCCGCCCGGCCGCCCGCCGACCAGCCGCCCAGCGCGGCGAGGUCGCCGCUGAGCCUGUCGAGGGCCCCCAGCGGCAGGGAGAAGGAUGGGCUGCUUGCCGGAGCAGGCCGCGG